AUAAAAAUAAUGUUUCUCGAUCAGUCAUUGUUGAUGAUGAUGAUGAUAAUAAUAAUAAUAAUAAUCAUUAUCAUACAGAAGAAAAACAAAAAUGUGAUACAAACACUCGAGUCAAAUCUAAAACAUUAAUAAUAACAAAUGAUAUUGAUGGCAAUACUAAUAAUAAUAAUAAUAAUAAUAAUGGUGAUAUUGUUAUUGAUGUUGAUAAUGAUGAUGAUAAUAAAAGUGUUACACCGGAAUCUGGUCACAAUAUUAACGAUGUGUAUGCUGAUGUUCAAUCACCAUCAUCAUCAUCAUCAUCAUCAAAUGAUAAAAUUAAAACAACAAGAUCGGAUAAUAAUGAUUCACAAAUGAAACAAUUAUUAAAAUUUAUUGAAAAAUCUUCACCCGAAAUGCUUUUUCUAUUGGAAAAAAGUGCUCAGCUUAGUUAUCAGAUGGCAUUGUUUGAACGAAAAUUAGAUUAUUUGAAGAAAAUAUUUACGAAUGAAAAUAAAAACAAUAAUAAUUGUACGGAAGAAAAUAAUGAAUCAUUGCUUUGGUCAAAAGUGAUCAAUCGUACACGAGCAUGGAUUGCUGAUUGUCGUAAAAAGAAUAUCUUUCUUACUAAUUAUGAAUUGAAACCAUUGGUGAAUAAAAAGUCGAAAAUAAUAUCUGAAGAACAGAUAUUAGAUGAAUGGAAAACAUUGGUAGCUAAAAAUAAUAAAGAACGAAAACCAAUGAAAAUGUUUAAUGUUGAUUCAUUGGCUACGAUGAACGAACAAAAUGUAAUUGAUGCUGCUGAAACUAAUGAAUCGUCAUCAUAUGUAAGUCUUUCAUCUAAAGAUGAGCUAAUAAUGUUGCUCGAUCAGAUUGCUCAAUUUUCAUCAAACAUCAUAUAUCAAUCUCGUAAAAAUCAAUCUAAUAAUUUUUAUGAAAAUAAUAAUUUGAAACAAGAUAACGAAAAUGAUGAUAUUGUUGAUCUCAAUCGUAGUGCAAGAGAUGGCACUGCAAUCAAUGCUGUUAAUGAUGAUGAUAAUGAUGAUUCAUUGAUUCGGAAUCAAAAAAUUAAUGAAAAACAAAAUGGAAGCAUUCAUGAUAAUAAUAAUAAUCAUACUCAAUCAAUAAUGAAAGAUGAAAUAGAUCCAAAAUCAUUUUUACAUCGAUUAUUGACAAAUAAUCGAAUGAAUAAUGAUGAAAAUGAACAGAAUAGAGAAAAUGAACAAUUAUUGGAACAAUUAAAGCCGGAUAUAUUGAAAGCAUUAGUACAGAUAAUCAAAACCAAUUCACUUCUAGUCCAAGUUCAACGUGAAUUCGAUAUACUUAUGUGUGCACAUUUGAAAUCUUAUAGUCGUUCGUUAAGUAAACAACAACAACAACAUCAACAAGGUGCACAUCGUCAACGUCAUAAUGAAGUUAAUCAAUUUAUACUGGGAACAUCACCAUCAUUAUCAUCAUCAAUGCCAUUCUCUUACAAUGGUGGUGGUGAUCAUCAUCAGCAUCAGUUAUUAGCGAAACGAAUUAAAUCCAAUUCGCCAAACCAGCAUAAAUUACGAACACAUCAACAGCAACAACAAUCGCAAAAUUUUGUUAUCAAUAAUAAUGGCAAUAAAUCAAUGACAGCUAGUCAUCAUAAUUACAAUUUCUGCAAUAAUCCAAAUCAAAUAUUAAAUCAAAAAUUUUCACAAACACAACAAACAAAUCGUAUGAUGAAUGAUGAACUUUCACAAUAUGUUGGUGGUGAUUGUUGUAUGGGGAAUAAAUUAUCACAGAAUAAUAAUUUUGUUUCGGAUGGUGAUUCUGGUGGUGAAUUUACGGCAACAACCGUUACAAAUGAAUUUAAUCAAUGUAUUACUGAUGAUGAAUUAUCAUCAUUAUUAAAUCAGAUUGCUUUGUGUUCGCAGAAAAUCAUUGAACAAAGUGGAAGUAUUACUGGUACCAAUUUAACUAAUACUACAAAUAGUUCAAGUAAUAAUAGUACAAGCAGUAGCGGAUGUUGCUGUAGUACUAGUAUUGAAGCAAAAUGUUGUAGUAUUAACAAUCAUAAUCAUAAUCAUCAUCAUCAUCAUCAUCAAUCGACACAACAACUUCCGAUAACUCCAUCAACGUUAGCUCUUCGAUCACAACAUCAUCGUCAAAUUGGUAAAGAUCCUUUAUCAACAUAUAAUGAUCAAAUGAUGAUGAAUCCACAAGAAAUAUCAAUGAAUAAAUAUUAUUGUAUGAAUCCAACUGGUUCUGUACAAGAUCUUGCACGUUAUCAUAUGAAUUAUUCAUCGCCAAUUAAAACAAACGCAAAUUCUAUGUCUUUCAAUCAUCUUAAUCAUCAUCAUCAUCAUCACAAUCAUUUAUUGAACCAUCAUGAUGAUAAUAAUUUAGAUUCACAUCAACAAAUAUUCAAUGAUUCGAUGAAAAAAUUUGAUAAUUGUUAUUCAUCACCAUCAUCAAAAAGAAUUUUACAUGAACAAUAUCUUGGAUGGCCAUUGGAUGGACCAUUAUUCGAUCGUGUUUCAAACAAUAUGACUGGAUUCAUGCUUUCAUCACCAAGAUUUGAUAUGAUGUCUCCACUUGUUGAUCAGAAUCAUCAACAUUAUAUGGCCAGACAUCGUACAAAUAUUGGUCAACAACAUUAUUUUCAUCAUCCAGAUCAUCGACAAUCCGAUGGUCCAUGUAUGAAUGGUCAAAUAAAUGAUUGUAUCAAUCCUACCAGUGCAUUUAUAUUCGAUCCUAAUGUUGAUGUUGAAAGUUUUUUAAUGGAAGUUGAAAAAGAAUUGGAUGAAAAUCGUUUUACAUCGGCACCUCCAUUUAUGAACCCUGUAUCAUCUGCAUCUAAUUUUGAUAAUGGAACACCAACACAUCAUAAUAAGAAUGGCUAUAAUAGUCGAUCAUCUAAUCAUCAUUAUCGUUGUUCAUCUAUGAAUCGAUCAUCUAUCCUACGAGAUGAACCAUCUUUUUGUUGUCAACGAACAUCAACAAUGCAACAAUCACCAUCUUCACAGUUACCUAUGGCUGAACAAUUGAAAUGUGGUCCAGGAUUAGCAUCUUAUUCGUCACCUCUAGUCACCAAUAAUGUUGUAUGUAAUGCAACUUCAACAAUGCAUUCACCUUUAAUAAAUUCAAUUCAUUUGGAUCGACAGAAGCAUUAUAAUCAACGAAAUCAUUAUAAUCAUAAUAAUAAUAAUAAUAAUCACCAUCAUAUAAAUUGUUCGAAUGCACGAUGUUUAGAUCACCAAUCGUUGAUAUUAGCAGGCGGUAAUUGGAAAUUAAGCCAACGAAAUUCCAUAAAUGAUUUUGGUCGUUUCAAUAUAUCAUUAAACAAUCUAUCGAAUAAUCAAAUGAAUGGACAUCAACAUCAUUUUCCAUCAACAAUACAAUCAUCGAUGACCAAUGGACAUUCAAUACCACAGCUAUCAUCAUUAUCAUCAUCAACGGCAACAAAUGCAACUAUGAUGAAAGAUCAAACAAAAUUUUCUUAUGAUCUUUUGGAUGAAUAUCGAACACAAGUAUCAUAUCGUGUUAAUGAAGAAACUGAUCGACAAUUAAAAGAAAUUGAUCAAUGGCUUUAUAAACACCUUGACCAAUCUCAACAACAACAACAACAAUCACCGAAUCUAAUAAACAAGAACAAUAAUAAUAGUAGUCAUUUGCAUUUAAAUCAAGAAAUUGGAUCCGUACAACAACAACAACAACAACAAAAAUCGAUUACAAUGUCGACAACAGACUUAGCAAAAGAUACAUUUCAUUAAUUCAAGCAAAAAAAUUCUGUGUUUGACAUGUUAUUCCAUUCUUUCUUUAUUCAUUCAUUUUUUUUUAAAUUACAAAAUUUCAAUUUUCAAUGACUAGCAUUCAACAGAUUUACAUUUACAGUGCCAAUUUACCACAAAUCAAUGACCAGAUUUUGCAUAAUCAGAUAAUAAGUAUUUUAGACAAAAAAAAAACAAAACAAAACAACAACAAAAAACUGUUCUAUAAAAUCCAUAUGUAACAAUUUUUGAUUGUUUGUUUUUAAGCGUUAAUAUUUUUUUUUGGGUCCAAUGAAUUUCCUAU